AUACCUUCAGCCAAACUAUAAACAAACGCAGAAGACGUGGAAACGAUUAGACCGAUUUGCUGCCUCAUUUCUUUAGUUCCCUUUCCUUGACUGGAGCUGCGGGUGUCUGAACAUGGCAGCGGCAGACGUUCAUAAAGUCAUUAUUUAUGGAGGGAGAGGAGCUCUGGGCUCAAAAUGUGUUCAGUAUUUCAGAUCGAAGCAGUGGUGGGUUGCCUGCAUUGACAUAAAUGCAAAUGAAGAGGCCAAUGCUAAUGUCACUGUUCAAACGACAGACUCCUUUAAUGAGCAAGCCAGCCAGGUUACAGCUGAUGUAGGUGAGCUGCUGGGGGAAAAAAAGGUCGAUGCCAUUUUGUGUGUGGCCGGAGGCUGGGCAGGGGGCAGUGCCAAGGCCAAAGUGAUGUAUAAGAAUGCUGAUUUGAUGUGGAAACAGAGUGUGUGGACAUCUACCAUCUCCAGUCACCUAGCAACCAAAUACCUGAAAGAAGGAGGGCUCCUCACACUGGCAGGGGCUAAAGCAUCACUUGGACCAACCCCAGGUAUGAUUGGUUAUGGCAUGGCGAAGGCUGCAGUCCAUCAGCUGUGUCAGAGUCUGGGUGGACCCAAUAGUGGACUUCCUGCUGGAGCUGCUGCCAUAGCCAUCCUUCCAGUUACUCUGGACACACCCAUGAACAGAAAAUCCAUGCCAGAUGCUGAUGUUGGUUCUUGGACACCACUGGAGUACAUAGCUGAAUUAUUCUACAAGUGGGCAACAGGAGAAGAAAGACCAGCCUCAGGCAGCCUUGUGCAGCUGGUAACCACAGGUGGCAAGACACAGGAAACAGCGAUUUGACUGUUUCCAAAUGUGUCUGUGUUUGAUAGUGAGAAUUCUGUGUGAUUGUGUGUGUAAAUAUUAGGGCCAGACCAAUAUAUGAUUUUCCUGUAACAGCAGCUAAUAUUAAAGCCCCAUGGAUGCUGACAAUCCUGAUGGAAAUAUUUUGGUGAGUUGUUUAUAUUGUGAUGAGCAGACACCUCUGAUGUGAGGAUUUAAGAAAAUGGUUUAGCAAAAAAUUAAAUAUACACUAUUUUCCACUUACCCCAGAUGUAGUUGACGAGCCAAGACAUGUCUGGCCUUCAAGUUGUGCUUGUUAGUGCAGUGCUGGAUCUACCAACUUAACAUUGCUAACAAACACAAGAAGUCAAUAUUCACCAAAAUCUUGUAAAUAUGUCCCCAAAACAUCUCUCAACCUGCUCAAACUACAUCAAGGACUUAAUGAAAGUUGUGCACAUUUGUCAAUGUGUGUCAACUAUAAAAAUGAACAAAACCACCGUGUAGCUAAAAACAGUGUGGAGCUAUUGUGAUGCUGAAAUAUUUUUGUGAUUUCCGUUGUUUAUUUACAGAUAGCGUCUGUUUGAAAAUGCAAGAUUGAUAGUUAUCUGUAAACAGAAAGAGCAGAAAUCUGUACAUUAAUUUGAAUUUGGCACAGCAAAUUUCAGAGGCCAAACGCGUCUUGGUUGAUUGACUACAUCUAGGAUAAGUGGAAAAUCAUGUAAAUGAGAACUGUUUCUUAAUGCAUUUAAGCUCAUAAACUUGUCUUUACCUCUAAGUCCUCUAAGCUGACAGUCACCACAUUUAUGUGAAGCCAGUGAUGAACAAAUAAAAAGGACAUAUGAAAAAUAAGAACCAAUUAGCAGAAACCAACAAAACCGCCAACAAUGCUGUGAAGCUCUGAACCAAUGCUAUAAUAUUUAAAUUAUUGUGGUUUUAUGAUUUAAGUAAUGUGAAAACUUGACAGUUAUAUUGGUCUACUCAUAGUUGUUUAUCUGAAACUAUUAUUUUUGUGCCACAGAAAGCUGAUAUUAUCAGCUGAUUUAGGUUAUCUGCUCCUUAAAAUCAAUACCACAAAAUUCAUCACUAAAAGUUUGGGUGCCCAUUUUUCUAAGUAAAAUUAAGGUAAGAAGACUACUUCAGAGAAUACAUGUCUGUGCAUCAUAAUGCACACUUAUCAUUUAUUUGCUGAAUUUUACAUAUUGGGGGGGAAAAAGAUAAAAAACAUCAAAUGACCUGUGCAGAAGGCAUCUUUUAUAUUUUAUGUUUUAUUUUUCUCCAAUAAGUAAAUAAAUAAAAAUUAUGCACUAAAUUUACCCAAAAAAUUGCACAUUUAAAUUUGUUCUCUCAAACAAAAAAUUGCAAACCGUCAUGCCAAACACAAGAGGAACAACAUGGAAUGGCUCGUUGUCCUCACAGUGUCCUCCUUAAGCGUUAACACAAAAAAAAAAAAAAAAACCCUGA